GAAAGCCGCGUGUGCGUCUUUGGCGCUAGACUCUGAGCUCUCAGGCUUCCGUAGAGGGCGGGGAAAGAUGGCGGUGGCCGUGCUAGACCGCUUGGGUGCGUUAUGGAUGCAGAGCCUGAGGGAGAAGCUGGCCUUAGGGUUCCUUUCAUCACAUAGUGUUUUAACACAGUCACAUAUCCACACAAGUGCUCCUCUUGACAUUUCUAGAAGAUGGGAGAAGAAAAAUAAAAUUGUUUAUCCUCCACAGCUGCCUGGAGAACCCCGGAGACCAGCGGAAAUCUACCACUGCCGAAGGCAAAUUAAAUACAGCAAAGACAAGAUGUGGUAUUUGGCAAAAUUGAUACGAGGAAUGUCCAUUGACCAGGCGUUGGCUCAAUUAGAAUUUUGUGACAAAAAGGGGGCCCAAAUAAUUAAAGAGAUUCUCUUAGAAGCACAAGAUAUGGCAGUAAGAGACCACAAUGUGGAGUUCAGAUCCAAUUUAUAUAUAGCUGAGUCCCAUUCAGGACGUGGCCAGUGCCUGAAACGCAUCCGGUACCACGGCAGAGGUUAUUUUGGGAUCAUGGAGAAGGUUUAUUGCCAUUAUUUUGUGAAGUUGGUGGAAGGCGCCCCACCGCCACCGGAGGCACCAAAGACGGCCAUUGCCCAUGCCAAAGAGUACAUUGAGCAACUUCGCAACCGGACCAUCAUUCAUAGUUUGUGAUGGGCAGCUCAGGUGCUACUGUGUAUAUAUUUUGCAUUUAUUUCCUUAAAAAGAAGCAACAAUUAAAGGCAAAUAUUUUUUAUGUUUUGUCUUUGACCUUUUGAAGUACAACUGCUAGUUCCAUAUGCUCAUUUGUAAGGCUUUACCAAUCUGGGUAUUGUUUGUGCUUUUGAAACAGAGAAAGGGAAAUCAGCUUUUAACACAAUAUCACACUAAUCUGGAAAGCCUUUUUUAGUACUUUUUGAAAGAAAUAAUUUUUGAGCUUGUGACCUGCUGCUGGUGGCUUUUGUACAAGACUUGGGUAGGAUAUUAUAGCACCAGAGACCUUGUCUUUAUUUUACUUGACUUUCUUUGAGACUAAGGGGAAGGUGGAGCUGAACAUAACUGGAUGCCAUCUCUUUGUAGCAAUAUAGACAUUCUGUGCUUCUAGCUUUUCUCUGUUGGCAUAGGGGAGUGGGGUUCUUUAUUGUUGAGUAGUAGCUUGGAAUUGCAGGGUUUUAUUAGACAUAUUAAUCUAAAACUCCCCAAACUCUUUAACUCUGAAAGUUUUCUUCUAGCUAAAUAAAGACUGUCUUCAUGCUUUCUUCCAACAAUGCCUUCUAUUGCUGAAUAUCUUGUUUAGGAUUGAUUCAUUUUCAGAGUGAAUUCAAUUACCAAGAGGGAUGGAGCCAAUUUUUGCCUUGCAUUCUACAAUCUGGCAGUAGGUGGUGCCCUUUCCCUCUCAGCAGGACUUUGUGUUCAGUUUUGUCAUUUUGUACACCAAUACCUUUCAUUGCCCAGGAUCACUGGUUCUAUAGCAUUGAUCCAGUGUUGCUUAAACUUUUAUAGCAGAGAAAAGAGACAGACUGGUCACUUGUUACUGCAGACUCCUGGAUUUCACCCCUAUGAUUGUUUUACUGGAUCCUAUGAGGAGUAAGUUCCAGAAAUCCAUGUUUUAAACAGGGACUUCCAGGUGAGCUGUUGCAGGGGACCAAAUUUUGAGAACACUUCUUCUGUCCAGUGAAGAAUGGUUUUGGUGCCAUGAUGGAAGAUGACAUUCAUAAUAACUGCUGGUUACUGGGGCCUCUUAAUUUGCCACAUAACUAUCUGUCAGAUUCUUCAGACAUAAACAUUGUUAUGGUUUGUGUGCUUGUUUAUUUUUGGUGUCUGUGAUUCAAUUCCUGUGAGAUAUGUACUCUGCCACUGAAAUAUAUCCACAGCCUGUUGUGCCAGUUCAUAAAGGAAGAAACCAAAACACUCAGAAUUUGAAUCACUGUCUCCAGAUGACAGUGUGUAAAUGUGGGAGCUACCAUUUAAACUUGGCCCAUCCCUAAGGAGUACAUGGAUGAGGCUGGACGAUGGCACACCAGAUUAAGAACACAUAGUACGAAGCUCAUGGAUGGACCUGCACAAGGAUCCCAAUUUGAGCCCCUGGUUACCCACCUGCAAGGAGGUUUGCUUCACAAGCAGUGAAGCAGAUCUGCAGGUGUCUUAUCUUUCUCUCUCCUUCUCUGUCUUCCCCUCCCCUCUCAAUUUCUCUUUAUCCUAUCCAAGAAAACGGAAAAAAUGGCCCCCAGGAGCAGUGGAUUCAUAGUGCCAGCACUGAGGAUCAGCGAUAACCCUGGAGGCCAGGAAAAAAAAAAAGGACACAGUUGGUUUUUUCUCUUUCACUAGCUUGACACAGGUGAAAGGCAGGAGGGAUGAGCCCUGAGUUCGGGACAGUUCUAUUCUAGGACCCAAGUAAUGGUUGAAUGGAAUCAGAAACACCACUGCAGUGGGAGAAGCCCGCUCUUAUUCCCAGGAAGAAAA